UCUCAUAGACCAGCAGCUGCUGUCUAUAGUGGAGAGAGAGAGAGAGAGAGAGAGAGGAAGAGGGAGGGCUGUGUGGCGUGAGGCAGUGCGUGUGCUCAGUGUUUAGGUGAAUCCACAACCCUCUGGCUCACGAGGAUAAAGGAUCCACACAGAAAACGAGAGAGAGAGAGGGAGAGAAAAGCAGCGCGGGGACUUUGUCUUCUUCUUCCUCUUCUGGCAUCCUCUGCGCUCUUUCUCCUCGCUUCAUUUUCCCGCAAGCCGACAGCGGCUGUUUUUGCUUCUUUUUUCCCUCCCAUCCUUCCCUUUUGUUCUCUGCAUCCAUCUCCGUUUCACCUCGGUCCAGCAGAGGAGGCAGGAAGAGCAUAGUCAGAGGCAUCAUCCUCCCUCCUGCACGCCGAGCCGGUUGUGGGUGCUGAUGCUGUAACCACUGUUUGGAGCUGACAAGCCCUGGUUGAUGCAGUGAAGUGUUCCAGUGGGAUAAACACAAGCAAAGGGGGCUCAUGGGAAACCUCCUGAAAGUGCUGGCUUGCGCCGAACUUGAGCAUGGCCCAAUAGUUUUCCUUGACUUUGAACAUGCCCAGCCCACAGAGGCAGAGACGGCCGUGUGGAACCAGGUCAGCGCCGUGCUGGAGGAGGCUCACGGGAUCUUGGCCGAGCUGCAGUCCUACAACGGAGCGGGCCAGGAGAUACGAGAAGCCAUCCAGAACCCGGGCGACCUCGCUCUUCAGGAGAAGGCCUGGAACGCAGUGUGCCCUCUGGUGGCCAAGCUGAAGCGGUUCUACGAGUUCUCCCUCCGACUGGAGAACGCCUUGCGCAGCCUGCUGGAGGCGCUGACGAGCCCGCCGUAUGCUCCCAUGCAGCACCUGGAGAGAGAGCAGGCCUUGGCCAAGCAGUUUGCCGAGAUCCUCCAUUUCACCCUCAGCUUCGAUGAACUAAAGAUGACAAAUCCAGCCAUUCAGAAUGACUUCAGCUACUACAGGAGGACCAUAAGCAGGAACAGGCUGAACAACCAGCAGCUGGAAGCGGAGAACGAGGUUAACAACGAGAUGGCAAACAGGAUGUCGCUGUUCUACGCCGAAGCAACACCAAUGCUGAAGACUCUGAGUAACGCCACCACCAAGUUUGUCUCAGAGAAUAAGACCUUGCCCAUAGAGGACACCACAGACUGCCUGAGCACCAUGGCCUGCGUGUGUCGCGUCAUGCUGGAGACUCCGGAGUACCGCUGUCGGUUCACCAACACAGACACUAUGCUGUUCUGCAUGAGGGUGAUGGUGGGCGUCAUCAUCCUGUAUGACCACGUUCACCCCGUCGGGGCUUUCGCCAAGACCUCCAAAAUUGAUAUGAAGGGCUGCAUCAAGGUGCUGAAAGAGCAACCGUCUAACAGUGUGGAGGGACUCCUGAACGCACUGAGAUACACGACACGGCAUCUACACGAUGACAGCACCUCCAAACAAAUCAGGGCCCUCCUGCAAUGAAACAAAGAAGAAAAAGAAGCGACCAGGAGGGGAGGAGGAGGGGAAACGAAGGAGCGCACUUAAAGGAGGAGGAAACAAACGCUGAUAAACCUGUUUGUUUACAACGAACAAAGAGAAAAAUCAUCUCCGGGGUUAAGUGCGACCUGAUGACAAUAAGAAGAGGAAAAUAAUUAUAUAUAUUGUCAGCUGUCCAUCAUUCUGUCUCUCAUUUUGUAAAGUAAGAAAAGAAGAAAAAAAAAGAAGCCAGAAAAGAAGAUAUAGAUAUAUAUUAAGAAAAGUGAAACACUGAGCAGCAGGUGAAGAAUAGGUAGGAUUAAAGAGGAAGCUAUAUUGGAAGAUUUAAGGUCAGAACCAAGUGAAAGUGUACGAAACAAAAAAGGAAGAAAAAAAAAAAAGAGGGUUAAUGUUCCAGAAGUAGUCUGACGAGUAUUUUUGCACACACUUUGAAAACAUCUCCUUCCCCAAUGAAAUCUGAUCCCAAACUGGUUCCCAUUGCUUGAACUGGAGGGGCUCUCCUUCAGCUGCACUGGUCUCCACCGACGGGUGAAUCAUAAAGCAAUGUGAUGGAUACACUCCGGAGAUUUGCUUUUACCCGUUUCACUUUCUUUCUGGUGCAGCUGGAGGAAAGCAGGCAGGCGGAGACGGGACGCCUCUGUUUUUGCCCCGAUUUCUUCCUCAUCAUCCAUCUAUCAAGUAUAUGCUUUUUUUCCUUUAAAUUUCUCCUCAUCACCAACAAAAAUGUAAAAAAUAAAUAAAUAAAUAAAGAGCCGCCCGUGUCGUGUGCCCCGAUGCCGUUUAUGUUCCUGCACACAAAAACCAUCUUGCCAGCUGUCUGGCUUUACUUGAACUACGUCCUUCACUCUCUCCAUGGUGCUAAUGUGGUUUAUCGCAGCUUCUUAUCUGAUAUCGUUUGGCUGUGAUGUGGGACAUACAGUGAUUUUGUCAUCCUCUUCUUUUGUGCACAAGUUAGCCACGAUGGCGAGUGAGCCUUCAGCAUCUCGGUGCGUAAAAGAAGGGGGUCAAAUCUGAGAGGGCGUUUUUAGGGAAACCGCAGCACACUUUUAGUUCUUCACCCAGUGCCAAAGCUUAUUCUGUUAUUACAUCGCACGUGAGUCAGGCUUGAGGGUUUGAUGGUAUUAUUAUAUCACUCAUCUUUCUUUUCUUUUUGUAAAAGAGGAUUAAAAAGCCGAGACACACGUGAAAAACAAGUGGGAAGGUGGUCCGAUUUACAUACAUUUUAAGGGCGAUCUGAGUGUUCCGGUGUAAAUACGUGAAGCUUUUCACAGCGGGCAUCCACAUGUUCCCCGUCGGGGAAUAUGAAAAAACCACCAUCACAAACUCACACAUAAAAACUCGAGUGCUUUCUUUUAGAGUGAGGUUUAAAAAGUCCAUCAAUAAGUGGGAAAUAAAAAUGAAACUACAAAUGAUCCAAAAGGAGAUUCAAAAGAAGUGCUGUAAUGUCUAGAGCCCUUAGUCUUAUUUAAUUUGAUCUUAUAAUAUAUUUUCUAUACAGGGGUAUGUGCGCGAGCAUAUUCUGUAUAAAUACAUAGAUGGCAUGUUGCAAAAGUUCUGACAGAAAUGUGUAAAUAAGGUGUUUUUAUUCAUUUUUAAUCGUUCAGUGAUGCUGAAAUUGGGUAUGUGUUGUCUCUCAGAAUUACCAUACGUUUGGCUUGGACCAUCGGACUUGCCGUAGUCAUAGGUUUCAGAAAUUCAGCUUCAUUAAUGGCGAAUGAACCGGAGGGAGGGGAGGGACGCCAAGUGGGGAGGGGGCCGGGGCUGUCCAUUUGCUUGUUAUUUUGUAUAUUUUGUGCAACAAUAAACUUGUCAUUUAUUACAUUCAA